UUGCCCUUGCCCAGCAAGUGACGGUCAGCCAUGAGGUCACCGGGUACCUGGGGAAGAGAGUGGUUCUGCCCUGCAACAUUGCGGUAACUGGACCUGACAUGAAAGUCAGCCAAGUGACCUGGGUGAAGGAGGUCGGAGGUCGGAGGCAGAAUGUGGCCGUCCACCAUCCAGUGCAUGGACAAAACUACCCGAUGGAGAAGAACAGCAGGCGGAUCAGCUUCUCCACACAGUCCUUGACGGACGCCUCGCUGAUCAUUGAGCACCUCCUCAUGACGGACGAGGGCACCUACUCCUGCGAGUUUGCCACCUAUCCCAACGGCAACGAAGUCGGCACCACCAACCUGAUCAUCUUAGGUCCAAUGGGUCACUUCCGAAGUCGGUAGAGGUUCAGGGUCAGCGCCUCUUCGUGAAAAAAGUGGAUUACUCUGUGAAUACCACCUUCAUCUGCCAAGCCACCAAUCGCGUCGGGCGGGUUUCGACACACCAAAUCAUCCUCGUCCGAGACCAGCCAGUGAAGAGUCAGAGCCGCAACGUUGGAGCCCUGGCCGGGGGUAUCGUGGGGGGGAUCCUGGCCCUGGCAGUUCUGGGGAUCAUAGUCUUCUUCAUCCUGCACCGCCGGCACCCCCGAGCUUCCAAAGGUUCCUUUGACUCCAAGACACGAGUCUUUGGCAACGGCACUUCUCAGCCCCCGACGCACGACUUCACCGAGCUCGACCGGCCGCUGAAACCCGCUACGGGCCGAAAACUGGAGGAGGACGAUGACGAUUACGGAGAGGAGGAGCGUGAGGAGCGGCGGCACCCUCCCUAUGGCUACGCCCCGCGGCACCGGGAAGACGAGGGGGAACGGUUUGACCAGCUGGGCCCGAUCCUGCGGUUCAGCCCUGACCCGCACGGCUACGACUACGACGACAUGGAAUCGCAGCAUGACGGGUCCAUCAUCUCCAAAACGGCAGUCUACGUGUGAGUGAGCUCGGUCCGAACAGCCGUUCUGGGGAACAGCAAGAGAACGAAGCUCCCUCCCAAAGACUCUCGGAAACUCCCUGAAGGAUUUUUAAUGUUGUUUUGUAUUUUUAAAACUUACAGACUCUGCCCACAGCAGCCCUCCUUAAGGAAUGAGCGGCAGCUGCCAGGGCAGGUGGGCAUUGGAGGAAAAAACCAAUGGGGUUUGUCCCUGAGGAAAAGGAAAACUGAGGAGAAAACUAUCAAGGCCUUCGAAACUGUCCCUUCUGAAAAAAUCUUUUCGGUCCCGCUGCCUUAGAAGGAUUUUAAAAUCUUUGUUUUUAAUGUUGGAGGAGAUGGCAAACCAGAUGGUAAUACCUGGCACUCCGAGCGGUGCAGGAAAGGAAUGAAACUGAUCCAGCAUCCUCGUGAAACGGGACCUUCCCUGGUGAGGGGCGGAGACUCCGAUGCCCUCUCGGACGGGACUUCCCUGAGAAUUGGUGCUCUCAACUUUGAUUUGCAAGAGACUCGGCUGCUUUCAAAGGCCGGGCUUCCCCCCGGCUGUCCCUUGAUCCAGGAAAACUGGGACUUCAAAUGUCCUGUGUUGUUGUGUUUUAUAGCAUCCUGGGAGGGUUGGGGGAAAUGAAGGAGCCCUGUGGCGAGAUCUCUUUUUAAAAAAAAAACCUCCAGGGUUUAAGGAAUUAUCCGGGAAUUGCUUGAGGUUGUCCGUCUUGUGGAUUCCGUGGUUUGGCUGUGUGCCACGUCCUCCUCCCAUCACUACAACGGUCUCACAUGGAAGGCUGAAAGGGGUGGCUCUCCCGUAAUGGGAACUGAGCCAUUUCUUGGGUCGCCCAUGUUCACAUGCUACCUUUGUGCUCUUCUUUAUGUGUCCUCUCUCCGUUGUCUGUAAAUAGCCAAGCUUUAAAAGAAAAACAAAACAAA